UGGAGUCGGAAAAGAAACAGUAAAAUAAAAUUGAUUUAAAGUAAAGAGGCACCUUCUCAAGAGAGGGAAUAUCUCAUCUAAGGAGGGUUACAUACUCUACAUCACUGAGAGCAUGGCAUCUGCCUGUGUCCCAUGUUGCGCGAUUUAUUGGCAAGGGCCUAUGUUGAAUUGAUAAAGGGAAUAAUCGUUUCACUGCUAAACCUUGAUCGAGGCUUUCACAUUGGCUGAAGGGCUAUAGAUGGAUGAUGAACGGAACAAGAAGGGAAAAUGAAUGCACGCUCUCAAAUCUUUGAAUUUGCAGGGGAAUUGCGUCAGGCAGAGGAGAUCACAGCUGCCCUCUUCCAUACACUCCUAUUCCACAGAUCUUUGGGAAAGUUUCACUACAAGCAAGAAGGAAGCUAUUCUGUUGGAACUGUUGGUUUCAAGGAUGUUGAUUGUGAUUUCAUCGAUGUCACCUAUGUACAGUGUGAUUCAGAAGCACUUGACCAUGUCCUCAGGAGUCGUAUAGUUGCCUUCAUUGAAUCCCUUCAAGCAGGAGAAUGUGGGAGUGGAGAAAUAUCAUUGGAAUUCUUUCAGAAAAAACGCCAACGAUGGCUCCUCCCCCCUGAUUCAAUUCCUUGGGAGGUCUGGAUGCUCAAGUUUCAGAUACUGCAUUAUGCAAAUGAACAAGAACGGCAGAUGUCAAGGGAGGAACUUGGAGAGUUGGUUGGAGAGAAGGUGCGCCACGUAGCAGCAUCUCUUAAUCGCCAGGAGUACGUCCCAAAGAUGCCCAACCACAGUGAACUGGACCUGAUUUUUGACACAAGUUUCCCUGACAUCCAACCUUAUCUUUUUAAGAUUAAUCAUCAAGAGGGAAAAGCUGCUGUGACUGGAGCUUCAAAUGUUGGAAGUGCAAUGAAGAAACUGUUUCGUGACACACUCACUUUGUGAUAGGAAAGUUCUUUGCUUCACUUCCAAGUUCCCUAUUUGUUGCUCUGAAUAUCUCAAUAUACUCUACCAUCUGCUAUUUUUGCAUCCCAGAAUAUCAUGCUGAGAAGAUUUUAUUCUCUAAGUUUUGGGUCUGCAUUAAUGCUCACAUCAUACCUUGUGCAUGUAAGCAUCAAGCAUUUUUGCCAAUGUGAAGUACAAAAUUUCCUAGUGCAUGUUUCUAAGCACCUUAAUCGUGUACCUCUGCAGGAUAAUUGUGGUAACCAAUUGUAAUGAAAACAGUUUUUGUAAGGCAUAAACAAGUACUGUACCCAAAGCAGAUAUGCAACAUAUUAGCCCAAGCAAUGUGUUGAAGAGAUGAAAACUCCAAAAAGUGCCAAUAAAUGCUUCAUAUUCUAAGCCUCAAAAUACAGCUG